ACAGUCAAGCCUCGAGAUAUUUCACACGGUUUUUGCCCUUGAUCUGAAGUAACUUUAGACAACUAAUUGUGUGGCCAAGUGAUGAAUCGAAUCACCGAGCAAUGCCCAUUGGCUUUCGGAAAUCAUUCAAAAAAGUAAGUGGGGUUGGAGAUUGUCUAGAAAUCGCAUUACAAAAGCCAUUUGAUGCUUUCGAACAAGCCUUGACAUGGUCAGACUAUAAGAAGGCUAAAACUAUUAAAUACUAUGUUGUGAUUACACCUAAUGGUUUGUUCAUGUACUGUUCAGCUGGAUAUGGUGGGAGAGCAACGGACGAAAUGAUCGUCUCCCACUGCGGCUUCUUGGACUUGUUAAAGCGAGGCAUGGCCAUUAUGCUUGAUAGAGGUUUCAAAAAAGUCCAAAGUGUGGUGUUGGAAAAAGGAUGUGAAGUAGUUCGUCCUCCCAGUGUGAGUGAAGGCAAGCAACUAUCUAAAGAACAGGUUUUUAGUGGUCGCAAAAUUGCUGGCGUCAGAAUUCACGUAGAGCGAGCGAUCCGUCGCAUCCGCGAAUUCAAGUUCCUUGCACCACACGCAUGCAUUCAUAAUUCAUUGGUUUCGUGUGCGGACGAUGCUAUUUUUCUAGUCUGUGGAUUGAUUAACAUGCAGAGUUGCUUAACUAAAUGCUAAUUACUUUAUCAACGCUUUACUUGUAUUCAGCAAUCUCUCAUCUGUUUGUGUUUUUAUCUGCUUAUGAAUAACCGUCCGUAACGCUUUUUACUCUAUGCUAACAAUCUGUAAAAAUGAUUUUUUCCUUAUCGUGGUCUUAUCUGUUUUUAAUUUCCUUGGUAUGGUUUU